AUGGCUUCGACGGGGUCGCGCUUCUCGGAGACGCUGAGAGAGGCAGCAAGAGAUCAAUGGAAUCGCGUGGUGCAUCAUCGAUGGACGAAAGACUUGGCGAAGGGGACCCUGGACCUGAAGAUCAUGCGACGAUAUUUGAUCCAAGAUCAUCGCUUUUUGGACUCCUUUGUUGUCUUGCUGGCGAGCAUGGUGGCCCAUGCACGAUGCUUGGAAGAUCGCAUCUUCGGAUGUCAAUUUCUGGCCUUGACCUCCUGUAACGAGCACGUCCUGUGGACCGCGACGGCGGUGUUCAAAGUCACUGGCAAAGAGAACACCUACUUCGAGCGUUGCUUUGCUGUGCUGCCCCGAUGCAAGCCAGCUGAGAGAGAGCAAGUCCCAGAUGCUUCUUGCACCAAGGGCUUCAAGGAUUUGAUGCUGGAAGUGGCUAAGACAGGCACCUUAGGAGAGAUGCUUGCUGUUCUCUUGGUGUGCGAGUGGACGUACCUUUCAUGGGCACAAGCCGUGGAGGAAGAGGCGUUGCGGGAGAACUUUGUGCUCUACGAGUGGAUCGAUUUACACACCUGUUUGGUGGAUGUGGUCGCCUACUUGCAGAGGCUUUUGGACAAGGAGGGUGAGCUUUUGACAGCUGCUGAGCGGCAGAGAUGCCACGAUCGCUUCUUGCAAGCGGUGCAGUUGGAAGAGGACUUCUUCGAAAAUGCCUACGCUUUGGAGGAAAGCGAUGAAUAG